AUGGCAGAGAUGGAGAAAGAGGGCAGACCCCCGGAAAACAAGAGGAGCCGAAAGCCUGCGCACCCGGUGAAGAGGGAGAUAAAUGAGGAGAUGAAGAGUUUUGCAGAGAACACCAUGAAUGAGCUGCUGGGCUGGUACGGCUACGACAAGGUGGAGCUGAGGGACUCUGACAACCUGGACAUGGGGGACACCCCCCAACACAUCUCUGUCCUAAGAGAAAACUUGUUGCCAAAAAUCCCAGUUUCGGCAGAGAGCAGCGAGGGCUCCCCGGACCGAGCCAACAGCUCCCAGUCUUUGCCAGCCCACAGGAACGGAGUCACAGAUCCCUCCACCACACCGUACAGCUCCACGGCCGGCAACAUGGAACAUGGCAACCUGCCCAUCAUAGUCCCCAUGAUCCCUCCGCCACUGAUCAAGCCCCCUGCAGAUGAGGAUGCAUCCAACAUGCAGAUCAUGUGCGCCUGGUGCCAGAAAGUCGGUGUCAAACGCUACUCUCUGAGCAUGGGGAGUGAGCUGAAGAGUUUCUGCAGUGAGAAGUGCUUUGCCGCCUGCCGCAGAGCCUAUUUCAAGAGAAAUAAGCUGGGAUAUGUAAGGAAUUACGCUGCGAGAGACGACGAUGGCCUCGGUGGGAAAUUACCCCAGAACAGCUUUACUCAGGACACGCCCAGGCUUGUCUUCAAGACAAACAGCGAUGUGCUUGUGUGUGACUGGUGCAAACAUAUUCGCCACACUAAGGAGUACCUGGACUUUGGUGCUGGUGAGCGGAGGCUGCAGUUCUGCAGUGCCAAAUGCCUGAACCAAUAUAAGAUGGACAUUUUCUACAAGGAGACGCAGGCGGCACUGCCUGGUGGACUGUGUAACCCAGGACAUGGGCCUGGUGGGGAGGGUAAGCUUGAGUGCGGUGGAGGGGUACAGCUGCUCACUCCAGAAUCCUGGGGAACACCAUUAACGGACCUACGACGUAAAGCUCCCUCACCAAGCACCAAUUCUGGCUUUGCCCCUUGUACCUCUUCUGCCACCUCCCCCUCAGACACUGCUGCUCUCUACUCACCGUCCUCCUCCUCCUCAGCCAAGAUCCCCACACCCAGACCCCAUGAGAGCCCCACACUCCCCCCUCCACCUGUUCCCACUUUGCACCCACCAGUUGGAGUUCCCUCUGGUAGCCCUCCAAUGGUAAUGACACCCCGGGGGCCUAUGCCCCUGCCUCUGUUCAUGGAGCAUCAAAUGAUGCACCAGCUACGUCCUUCGUUUCUUCGCCCCUCUGGCCACCCAGCAGGGCCCCACAGCCCACUUUCAAACCCUAUGAUCCCUGGUAUUGGUCCUUCACUUCCUCCGAGGACCUUUGGUCCAGCAUCAGGCCCCAUGCACAGGCCCAUGCUAUCUCCACAUGUCCAUCCCUCAGCCAAUCCCAAUCAUGGCAUGAUGCCUCCCUAUCCUGGUCUCCACAUGCCAGGCAUGCCCCCUUUCAACAUGAUGCCCAAUGGACAUAUACCCAUGCCCCCAAUGAUGAAUUUUGGCAUGCCAUCAUUGUCCCCAUUGGUUCCCCCACCAACUCUCUUAGUCCCUUAUCCUGUUAUUGUACCCCUCCCAGUCCCAAUACCUAUUCCAAUCCCAAUUCCCAUGAACCCCAACACUUACAGGAACCCACCAGAGAGCAAUGUCUCUGCGCACAGUGCUCCAGAGUCGUCAGAAGCUUCAGUUUCUGGGCCCUACUCUCCAAGUUCCUCUGGCAGUGACCGAGGGGAGCAGAAAAUAGAGCCAGCCAGUGCAGAGCGUCUUUCUCCUGUACCUUCAGAGAGAAGUAGAACUGUGGACUUUACUGUGAAGGCAGAGGAAAAUUCAGGCAACCAGUGUCUAACCAGCAGUCAUAGACUUAUGGAUGGUGUUAUUGAUCUAACUGUGGGCCAGAGGUCAUGCCAACAGCAGGUAAUUCAGAGGAUGCUACCUGAGGUCCGGGUCAAAAUAGAAGCAGAGGCUGAAUCACAGUCUCCACCCGCUGCUGGGCUGGGGAGGGAAGGGAGGGGCAGUCGUGAUGGUGGGGACGGGGGUCUCUCACAGGGUCUCCUCAGUGCUCCACUGCUGGAAGGAGCCACACACACAAACACACUGGAAUCAUCAGAGCCACCAUCCCACAACAACAGCCUUUCUUGCAAUGGUGACCAUCCAGUGAGCCAGCUAAAUCCCUCCAGCUCCAUCUCCAGCCUCACCCCACCACCCUUACUCAGCACAGCACGGACCCAGCCCCAAAUCCAGACUAACCCUGGUACCCCAUGUAAUGUCAUAGUCAAUGGUACAGGGUGGCAUCCUCUUCUCACCCCUACCUUUGAGUCUUUCCCUGACCGAAAAAGAGACGGGGUUGCAGGGGAGGUGGAGGAAGAGGAUCAGCCAGCCAAUGGAGAGCUGGAGCGUGAGGCACUGAAAGAGAACAAUUGCUCUGUUGGAGACUGGGAGCCAGGGAAGCGGCGUUUAGCACAAGACGAGAUGGUCAACUCAGUAGAGGGAAAGCCAGACCCUGACUCCAACUUGGAGGAGGGCGAGCAUGCAUAUGCCCUGCCACUGCUGUCUGCCGGAGGCUGUGUGGUCAUCCAGCCUGUGCCAAAGCCCGGCGCUGACAAGACGGCCAUCCUGUCCUGUUCCAUCAGUGCACCUUUAUCAGCAGCCGGGAGCCCCGACCUGGAACCGCCACUGAAGAGGAGGUGCCUGCGAAUCCGCAAUCAAAACAAAUGA